GCGGCCGUCGUGGGUGGACCCGACCCCUCGCCACGCCUCCCGCAGCCCCGCCACGCCGCCCGCCCCACCGCCCGCACAGCGCCCGGCCCGCACCGCCGCGGAGGACACGAACUGCCGCGGGCCAUGGCCGGUAAAGCCCACAGGUUGAAUGCAGAGGAGAGGGAGCAGCUGCUGCCAAACCUGAGAGCCGUGGGGUGGAACGAGGUGGAAGGAAGAGAUGCCAUCUUCAAAGAGUUCCACUUCAAGGACUUCAAUCGGGCCUUUGGCUUCAUGACCAGAGUGGCUCUACAAGCAGAAAAACUGGAUCACCACCCUGAAUGGUUCAACGUGUACAAUAAGGUUCACAUCACCUUGAGCACCCAUGAAUGCACAGGUUUAUCCGAGAGAGACAUCAACUUGGCCAGCUUCAUCGAGCAGGUUGCAGCUUCUCUCUCCUGACCAGAGAGAGACGUAUGAAGCCAAAAAUCAGCCCUGCUGCAGCCACGACCCACAGCUUCCCUCGCCUCAAUGACUGCACCUCACAUUUUCUCCUGCUUCCCAGCCAGUGCCUAGACCCAGACUGCCAAAAGGCCACACCGAGCUCCCUGCCCCAGCUUGGCAUUUCAAGCAGAUGGAGACAUCCAGCAAGCCUUUUCUCUUGUGCGUAUACUUAUCUCUCAUCUUGCCACAUACUUAACCCCUUUGUCUGUGCACUACCCACCCACAAACUGCUGACCCCUGGAGGCUUUCAGGAACCAUGGCCUUCUAACCAGGAGUAACAUGACACAGUUGCAGGAGUAAAUCUUACCCAGAACAUGACCCCAUCUAGUCACUACUGUUGCUUCUUACAUACCAAAAUAUGCUUUACUACCCCAAAAACAUGGUACGUUAACCCUUUGGUUAAUAGAGAUCUAUUACACACUGACAACUGUGAUGUGCAAUUUGGUUAUUAAAGUAACCUCUCUGUAGCAGUAUUAUAAGAAGGCACGUGAUCUCACCCCUACUGUAAGUGGCUUUUAGUAGGAUACCAGCUGAAAAUGUUUACAAUAAAGUUCUUGGUUAACCUCG